AUGGUCCAUGUUCGCUUGGACGCAGUGGCAAAUGCUAUGAAAUCUCAUAUAACAGCUACUGAUUUAACUGAAACACUAGAUGAAGACAUGGGUAGGACAUACAAUGCAGUUACCGCCGCAGCAUCUGUGGCUGCAGUAUGGCCACAGCUACACCAAGGUGUACCUUUGCGACAGCUUACUCUCGAUCCAUACACAGUAUCUGAAGUUCUUAGACUCCAUUUCCUAUCUUCCGGUGCCAAGACGAACAGUGCCGACGCCAAAUACCGCUACCAACAGAGGGGUGGAUAUACACCCCUGGAUGAUGCCGGAUUAGAGUUUCGUAUGACGGAGUCUGGGAUAUUAAGGACAUUGUCCACUGGAAAUUUAUUUGACCUCUCACCUGGUGAAAAGCUGAAGAUAUUGUCUGCGCUGUGCGGGCAUCUGAUGACGUUUGUCACUUGUCGGGAUUAUAUAGAAGACAGUUUCGAGAAAUGGCGGACGACCAGAAAGGAGUGGCGAGAGAACCAGACAGCUGAACAGAGACGAGGCAAGGAAGAGGCUUCUGCUAGAUACAAACAACGACAAGAAGAGAGAGCCAAGGAGAAAGAAAGAGUAAAGGAACGCAAAUUAAAGAAACAAAUGCUGAAAGAAGAAAUGUUAAGAAAGGAUGAGCAGGGAAAGGGACAGACGAACGACAAAAAUAAUGAAAAUGGGAAAUUGGGAAAGGAGAAAAUGGAGGCUGAUGAAGAUGAUAAACCGAAGAGACGCUUGACUAGGGGAAUGGAGAAAGAAGAGGAGUUAGAAGAGAAGAUGGAAGUUGAUGACAAUGAUGGUGCGGGACUCGCUCCGGAGGAGGAGAAGGAAAGACAAAAGAAACUGCUAGAAGAAGAAGUCAAGAAAAGAAAGGAGUUUCAUAAGAAGGAUCGAGAGUUGUUUGAACAACUGCAGGACAUGAUAUGCAAGUAUAAUCUGACUCCACUCGGUCAGGAUAGGAUCUAUCGUCGUUUCUGGAAAUUCCAAAGCAUCCCAGGAUUGUUUGUGGAAUGUGACAGGGAAUACUUGGAUGAAGACGUUCUGCAUCCUGUAGAACAGACUUUUAAAUCUAACCCAUUCACACCUUACAGCUCAUCUCAGGAAUCAAAAGAGCAAGUUGGCGAAGCGUCAUCUGCGGAUAAAGGUGAGGACUGUGAUACAUCGACGGCUAGUAACAAAGAAAAUGAGGAAAACAAUUUGGAAAUGAGAGAAGAAAACGGUGAAAGCAGAGACGGAAAAACUAUUUUAAAUGAGAGUGGCUCUCAAAACGGUUCAGUGAAAUUGAACGCUGUUGAAGCUCCUAAACUUGAAAACUUUGACCCAUGCAUGCUCAACUUCAGUCACAGUCAGUGGUCAUUUUACGCAAACACAGAUGAUGUUGAUAGACUUAUAAACACGUUGAACCCUCGUGGUUACAGGGAAGGCGCCUUAAAAGAGGCCCUUCUCUUACACAAAAAAAGCAUCAUGGAGGGCGUGCAGAAAUGCCCUAUUGAGAAGUUGCGCAUUCCGAAAACAGAUCAUGAAGCUCCAUCAGCAGUCGCUGCAGCUAGCACGGAUGUGAAGCCGGCUAAACCCAAGCAGGUGAUUGUCAAGUUGAGUGGCAAGAAAACUGGACUGGUGUCAGAAGGGCACGAGGACUCAUCGGCGGGGUCAGAGACUUUGGAGUUGAGUCUGCGUGAACAGUUGCUCGAUUUGGAAGAGAGGAUUUACACCGGGUCAUUAGGCUGUCUGAAGAUUGAAGACAGAAAUGCUUGGAUCAAAGCUAUAGAAAAUGGUAGUUAUGAUAUGCAAUGUCGAGAGUUGACGUGGGGACCGUGGUGGGCCCGGCACAAGAUGGAUGACAAGGAUACAGGCGCUGAAUCAAUGGAGUUAGGCAUCAAUGAAGUGUCAGUUGGAGAACAUUCAUUACCACAGAAACAAAAAGACAGGGUGUCAGAACUGAAACGAUCGGAAACUCCCACUGGCUCCACUCGCUGCAGUACACCAAGUACCGUGGACCACGUAGUGAAGGACUUAUCAUGUGCAUUGCUACAAAUUGCACAGGGCAUUGAACCAAAGUACCUCAAACCACCUUUGGGUGAAGAUGAAGCCACCAAGAAGUCAAAACAAAAGGAAGCUCAGGAGAAGGCGAUGAAAGAAUUCCAGGCAAUGGUGGCACAGAGUAAAAAAGGCAAAAAGAAGGACAAGAAAAAGCAAGAACAAGCUGAAGCUGAGAAAGGCAACGAGAACAGUGAUGAAGAGUCAUCGUCCUCCGAUGAAGAGUCUGAACCUUCCAAGCCUGAGAAAACUAUCACAGAGCGAUGGCAGGAGUCCCUGAUGUCCUCCUCCAGCAUUCCUCAGUUGUUCCUCCACAUGGCGACGCUAGAUUCCUCUGUUAUGUGGUCCAAGUCCAUCCUGCAUGCCAGAUGCAGAAUAUGCCGUAGAAAGGGCGACGCUGAACGUAUGUUACUAUGUGAUGGUUGUGACCGUGGUCAUCACAUGUACUGUCUUAAACCGCCUGUCAAGUCAAUACCUUCUGGUGAUUGGUACUGCGUUGACUGUCGUCCAAAGAUUGUCAAACAAAAUAGUAGACGGCGAAGAAAGUCCACCUUGGAAGAUUAUGAUUCGUCCAAUGAUGAAGAAGAGAAAGAAGAAGCUGAUGAUGAUGAUGAAAGUAGCAGGAGUGAAGCUGAAUCAUCAAGCGAAGAUGAAAGUGAAGAAGAGGAUAGUGAUGAUGAUGAUGAAUGCAAUGAUGAUAGUGAUGAGAGUGCUGAAGCAAGCUCUGAUUCAGACGAUGAGAGUAAUAACAGCGAGGAGGACAGCCAUUGUGACGAGUGUGCAAAGUGUGGCAGAGAAGGUCAGCUGAUCCUGUGUGAGACGUGUCCCUCAGCAUAUCAUUUAAAGUGUGCCAAUCCACCACUGAAGAAAAUCCCAGCCGGCAAAUGGAUAUGUGAAGUAUGUACCGACAAAUCACAGAAAAAGCCGACUGGUAUCAAAUUCAAAGGCCCAGCAAAGUCCAAGUCAGGUAAAUCAACUCCAAGUUCUGUGACUGGUAGGAGUAAGAAAGUUUCUCCUGAAGUAAAAACUGGUGCUGAGAAACGAUCACGUAUUAGUGCCCGAGCGACUGGAAAGGAGAAGCCUCGCUCAGCUUCCCUGCCUCGGGCACGAACUGAGGGGCGAACCAAAAGAGCCAGAGAUUCUGGGAGCUCCGAUUCUGAGUCUCCAAGAAGAGGAAGCAAGAGGAUGAAAGAAGGACAACCAAAAAAGAGGUUUGCACGAAAAGAUUCCUUUUCUUCUGAAGAUUCAGGCCCGUCUUCUCGUCGCCUCCCUACAAGUUCUUCGCGAGGCAGUGAGUGGUCCAAACAGAUGAAGUUGUGUGAACAGUUGAUCAAUGAUGUGAUUAGACACAAAGAUGCAUGGCCGUUUCUACAACCUGUCAGCAAGAAAGUGGGAGUAGCAGAGAAUGUACCGGUACAAAGGUUGAAUCCGAGCAACAAUAUACUUGCACCAGCGUAA